AAUUUUAUUUCUCAAAUUUGAUACCUCAACUAAAAAUCUCAAGCUCAAUGUCUUCAUUUGACACCAAAUACAAUCAAUUAUAUUUCCAUGCACUAAAGUUUCGAAAAACAUGAUACUCUGUCAUAGGCGUUUAUUGAACAAACACAAUUCAACUUACACUCUACUUCGUCACUACGCCAUUUCUCAUUCUCAAUUUCAACCUUUGGAUUUCGAAUUUGAUAGAUACAAAACCUCUUGUUCCUCCAACGAUGCCAAUAACCUUCAUUUACAAAUCUACAAAACCGGUUUCAUCAAUGAUGUUUUCAUUUGCAAUACCCUUAUUAACAUAUAUGUUAGAAUUGCCAACUUGGUUUCAGCACAUAAACUGUUCGAUGAAAUGCCCCAAAAGAAUCUUGUUUCUUGGUCUUGUUUAAUUUCAGGCUACACACAAAAUGGUAUGCCAGAUGAGGCUUGUUCUUUAUUCAAAGGGAUCAUUUAUACUGGUCUUUUACCUAAUCACUAUGCCAUUGGUAGUGCUCUUCGUGCUUGCCAACAAUGUGGUCCGACUAGACUUAAACUUGGGAUGCAGAUUCAUGGCUUCAUUUGCAAGUCUCCGCAUGUUUCGGACAUGGUUUUGUCUAAUGUGCUUAUGUCUAUGUAUUCCGUUUGUUCUGCUUCUGUCGAUGAUGCUCGUCGUGUUUUUGAUGAAAUAAAAUUUAGAAAUUCUGGGACGUGGAAUUCUAUUAUUUCAGUUUAUUGUCGAAGGGGAGAUGCAGUUUCUGCUUUUAAGCUAUUUUCCAGUAUGCAAAUGGAAGAUAUGGAGAUUAAUUUAAGGCCUAAUGAAUAUACAUUGUGUAGUUUAGUAACUGCUGCAUGUUCUCUGGCUGACUGUGGACUGGUUUUGCUUGAGCAGAUGCUAACCAGAAUUGAGAAAUCCGGAUACUUACGUGAUUUAUAUGUUGGUAGUGCUUUGGUCAAUGGGUUUGCAAGGCAUGGUUUAAUGGAUUACGCUAAAAUGAUUUUUGAGCAGGUGUAUGAUCGCAAUGCUGUGACUAUGAAUGGGUUAAUGGUUGGACUGGCAAGGCAGCACCAAGGUGAAGAAGCAGCUAAGGUAUUUAAGGAAAUGAAACAUUUAGUGGAAAUAAACUCGGAAUCUUAUGUGGUUCUUUUAAGCGCUUUUACUGAAUUUUUGAAUUUAAAGGAAGGGAAGAGAAAAGGUCAGGAGGUUCACGCUUACCUGAUUCGCAGUGGUUUGGUUGAUGCUCGGAUUUUGAUUGGAAAUGCACUUGUCAAUAUGUAUGCUAAGUGUGAUGCCAUUAAUUAUGCUUGCUCAGUUUUUCAACUCAUGCCUAGUAAAGAUACUGUCUCGUGGAACUCUAUGAUCUCUGGGCUUGACCACAAUGAGCGGUUUGAGGAAGCAGUUGCCUGUUUCCAUACAAUGAGGAGAAAUGGAAUGGUCCCCUCAAAUUUCUCAAUUAUUAGUACUUUGAGUUCGUGUUCAAGCCUAGGUUGGUUAACAUUAGGACGACAGAUACAUGGUGAAGGGAUCAAAUGGGGACUUGAUUUGGAUGUUUCAGUUUCAAAUGCCCUAUUAACGUUAUAUGCUGAAACUGAUUCUAUCAACGAAUGUCAGAAAGUUUUCUUUCUAAUGCCAGAGUACGACCAGGUUUCUUGGAAUUCUCUUAUUGGCGCAUUAGCAAAUUAUGAGGCAUCAGUUUUACAGGCCGUAAAAUAUUUCCUGGAGAUGAUGCAAGGUGGAUGGAGACUUAAUCGAGUGACGUUUAUAAAUAUUUUAGCAGCAGUUUCAUCUCUUUCAGUUUUAGGACUGGGCCGUCAAAUCCAUGCUUUAAUCUUAAAAUACUCUGUUGCUGAUGACAAUGCUAUUGAGAAUGCACUUCUAGCUUUCUAUGGAAAGUGUGAGCAGAUGGAGGACUGCGAGAUUAUUUUUUCUAGAAUGUCUCAGCGAAGAGAUGAAGUCAGUUGGAAUUCAAUGAUUUCUGGAUACAUACACAAUGGCAUCCUGGACAAGGCCAUGGAUUUGGUGUGGCUUAUGAUGCAAAGGGGACAGAAAUUGGAUGGUUUCACAUUUGCCACCGUUCUCAGUGCUUGUGCUUCAGUUGCAACACUAGAACGUGGUUUGGAAGUUCAUGCAUGUGCUGUAAGAGCUUGUUUAGAAUCUGAUGUUGUUGUUGGCAGUGCACUAGUUGACAUGUACGCAAAAUGUGGAAAGAUAGAUUACGCUUUGAGGUUCUUUGAAUUGAUGCCUGUCAGAAACAUAUAUUCUUGGAAUUCAAUGAUUUCAGGUUACGCACGCCAUGGACACGGACAACAAGCUCUAAAGCUUUUUACACGAAUGAAACAGCAUGACCAAUCACCAGAUCAUGUCACCUUUGUUGGGGUUCUAUCGGCUUGUAGUCAUGUAGGGUUAGUUGAUGAAGGAUUUAAGCAUUUCAAAUCAAUGGUUGAAGUUUAUGGACUGCCUCCUCGAAUAGAACACUUUUCUUGUAUGGUAGACCUCCUUGGGAGGGCAGGUGAUGUUAAUAAGAUAGAGCAAUUUAUCAAAACAAUGCCAAUGGAUCCUAAUAUCCUUAUUUGGAGAACAGUUUUAGGUGCAUGCUGCCGAGCUAACGGCCGUAAUACAGAGCUGGGGCGGAGGGCUGCGAAGAUGCUUAUUGAGUUAGAGCCGCAGAAUGCUGCGAAUUAUGUGCUUCUUUCUAACAUGCAUGCUGCUGGUGGGAAGUGGGAAGAUGUGGCAGAGGCUAGGUUGGCAAUGAGGAAAGCAGCAGUGAAGAAAGAAGCUGGGUGUAGUUGGGUCAACAUGAAGGAUGGAGUUCAUUUGUUUGUGGCUGGAGAUCAAACACACCCUGAAAAAGAAAAAAUCUAUGAAAAGCUCAAGGAGCUAAUGAACAAAAUGAGGGAUGCUGGAUAUGUGCCUGAAACCAAAUAUGCACUCUAUGAUCUUGAGCAUGAGAACAAAGAAGAACUCCUUAGCUAUCAUAGUGAAAAACUAGCAAUUGCUUUUGUUCUCACUCGCAAAUCUGAGCUGCCAAUUAGGAUAAUGAAGAACCUUCGGGUUUGUGGUGAUUGUCACACUGCUUUCAAAUACAUAUCAAAGAUUAUUGAUCGACAGAUAAUUUUACGAGAUUCAAAUAGAUUUCACCAUUUUGAUGGUGGCAUGUGUUCUUGUGGGGAUUAUUGGUGACCAAUGCUAAACAAUUAUGCAGUAUCUUUGGAUCUAUCUACAGCAUGGACAUACUCCACUGCCCACAAGAUUCUUUCACCACUGAUGCUAUGGGGGAACAUGGUUGACAUUUGCAAGUGCAAUUUAUAAAUGAUGUUAGUAGCAAAGAAGAGUGAAUGAAAAUAGUGUGACACAUAUUGAUAUUGAUUGGCAUGUUAUAUUAGGUGAUAGAGAUAGAAGAGUGGCAAUGUCUGGAAGUUCGAUGACAAUCCACCACUAUGAGAAGUAUAGGUGCAAAUUUUGGAACUCUGACUAUGUCUUAGUUUAGUCAGUUAUCUGAUUCUGAAUCAUAAUCAGAUUUGGAUCCAACUAGUACAACAGAGCACAAUUAGAAAGGAAGACAUUGGCUUGGUUUGGUACCAGGUUGUCUUGUUUCUCUGAAACUGAGUUGUAAUAAUUUUGUACAUCUUCUCACUGUAACUUUUCAUCGACUCCUAAUGAGAAAAUGUUUUGACAUUGUGGAGAACAACAUUGAUCAGAAACUGAUCGGGAACUUAAAGCCCAUCUAGUUGGGAUUGAGAAGUUUAUUUUGAUGUAAUGGUCUUUGGAUGUUAUUGGAGUCAUUGCUAAGACAUGACUUAGUGGAGACCUGCUUGUUAUUUUAAGGAUUUGAAACAAAUGGAUUUUUGGAAUGCAUACUGUUUUCUGAAACGAGUCUGCAAUAUCUGACAUCUCAAACACGAGGAAGAGAGAUGCAUGGAAGAGUUGCAGUGCACCAAAAGGGUUUUUUGAGACUGAUAACAUUUCAUGCUAGCUAGGCCUAGAAGCUGCAAAUGCUGUUGGCACUCCAAAUUAGUGCUAAUAAUGGUACAAGUUUGAUUAUGCUAGGUUGUGCAUGUAAAGAUGAGCUAGGCAUUAAACACAAGCCAUUGCACUGAGGCAUGGUUCAAGACUUCAAGAUAUAAAAUAAUCUACCUUUUUAAUCAA